AUGGCAACAAGUGAAGCAACUGAUAAAGGUUCAAGAAAAAGGCAUAGGCUUUUUUUAGGAAAUUGUGAUGAAUUUAGUUUGGAAAUUAAAGACAAUCAAGUAACAACAACAGAUAUUACUGCAGUGACAGAUACUAGUUCACAAACCUUGAUAGCACGAGGAAAACCUGCACAACUGGAAGCACAUUUAUCAAAUGACUGCGUUGGUUGUUCAGAUGAUAUAUCUCUUUAUUUGAGAGAAAAGGUUGCAAAAAGAGAUUCAAAUUAUAUUCAAAGACCCAAAAAAAACUUUGAAGAAUUAGUUGCACAAUUGCGACAUUUUGAAGCACAGUGGCUAUUAUAUAACCUUUCUUAUGUUGCUGGUAUGGAUACUCCAAAACUUUGGUGGAGUUCUUUCAAAAAUCAACCUUGGCAUUUAGCUGAAUUAGCAUAUAGGAUAUUUUCAAUUAAUCCUACACAAGCAGCAUGUGAAAGAAACUUUUCAACAUUAAAAUGGAUUUUGGAAGAUCAAUGA